AUGGAGACCAAAGCUUGGUACUAUCGUCAAAAGCAGAAACUCCUGCUUACGACGAGCUACCUCGCCAUAUUUACCGGCUGUCUUUUAAAUAUCCCAGCAGCCUCAGCUAUCCCUUUAAAGGACCACGUGCACAUAUUCAACCGCGAUAUCCCUUUCCAGCCCACAAACAACUUAGUAGCCCGACAAGAUGCAAGAGAGGUCCCAUUACCACCCGGAAGCACAGCUACCGACGGUAGCGCAGACUUAACCUUCUAUGGUGCCGAGUGCAAAAUGGGGUUAUACGAAGGGUCUUUCCGGAAUCGAGGUGGGCCGGUCGACACCGGUCCAGGCGCACGCUGGGAAGGAUAUCCUCUCGGAUCUCGAUUCAUAGGUCCCGAACCCCUCGUGUUCCCAGAUAACAAAUGCGUCAACAUCAGAGACCUCCAUCCAGCUCUUCCAAAUCAAAUCUCUGCCUAUAUCGUGACGGGAUACUGCGAAUGUAGAUUCUAUGACCACGAGGGAUGUCUGAAUGAACCAGGCCAGGGAGGAUUUUCAGCAUAUAACCGUGAGGAUGCCGCUUUAUGGAACAACGGCCCGGAUGAUAAUACCCUCGAGAGCUUCUCAUGCUGGAAGACAAGCCAUUUCGACGAUUUUAAUUUCUGCUCGAUCAAGUUUUCCGACAACCCUUCCACGGCAAUCGGACGUCCAGUCAGUCCUCUCGAUCUUCUGAAGCCCAAACCUCCAGGACAAGUUAUCGAUAGGAGGUAUACUAGAGAUGAUAUGACUAACAGUCCCACCCGCCUCGAAGGAGAGACUGACUGUCAAAGGAUGCCCGAGGGAAUAACCUUUAAUUAUUACAAGAUCAAUGGGUGUUCUUGUCGAUUUUAUCGCUCGGAGAACUGUGAGAAUGAUGGUUAUAGUUUUACAGACGGAAAUCCUGGGAAAACGGAAAGAAUAUAUGGUCUGCAGCAAGAUCUUAAGAGUUAUCGCUGUCGUGCGCCAUUCGGGAUUACGUGGGUUCCAAGAGACGAUAUUUAG